UAGCCUUACACUUGCGAUAAAUGAGGCUAUUUUUGAAAGGGAAUUUUUGGCCUGUUAGGUUGGAUACGGGAAGCACUGAAAAUUGACCUACGGUUGGCGUUCCACAGGAAACGGGUGGUUAUCGUAGACUGCAGGUUUUGUAAGUGACAUUUGGUGCCGUAUAUUGCGUUUGUGUUCAUAAUGGAUGAAGAAUACGACGCAAUUGUUCUCGGAACGGGACUGAAGGAAUGUAUUAUUAGUGGUAUGCUGUCUGUUUCCGGUAAGAAAGUACUACACGUUGAUCGGAACAAGUACUACGGUGGCGAGUCGGCCUCCAUCACACCGCUGGAAGAACUUUUUGCACGUUUCGGUGCGCCUUCUCCUGGUGAAACCUACGGAAGAGGUAGAGACUGGAAUGUGGAUCUCAUCCCGAAAUUUUUGAUGGCAAAUGGCUCCUUGGUAAAGUUGUUGAUUCAUACUGGAGUUACACGAUAUCUAGAAUUCAAAUCUGUAGAAGGUAGCUAUGUUUACAAAGGUGGCAAAAUUUCGAAGGUUCCUGUCGACCAGAAAGAAGCAUUAGCUUCUGAUUUGAUGGGAAUGUUUGAGAAGCGGCGCUUUCGCAAUUUUCUUGUAUAUGUCCAGGAUCUGAAAGAAGAUGAUCCGAAAACUUGGAAAGAAACAGAUCCGAAUACAUGUACAAUGCAGCAGUUAUACGACAAAUUCGGUCUUGACAAGAACACGCAAGAUUUUACAGGACACGCAUUAGCAUUGUACAGAGAUGACGAUUAUUUGAAUCGUAGCGCAAUCGAAACGAUUCGCAGGAUUAAGUUGUAUAGUGAUUCCUUGUCCCGGUAUGGAAAAUCUCCGUAUUUGUACCCGAUGUACGGUCUUGGAGAGCUACCUCAGGGGUUCGCUCGUCUUAGUGCAAUAUAUGGCGGUACGUACAUGCUUGACAAGCCAAUUGAUGAAAUUGUUUUGGAAAACGGCCGUGUCGUUGGUGUACGAUCAGGGGAAGAAGUGGCACGUUGUAAACAAGUGUAUUGCGAUCCGUCGUACGUCCCAGACAAGGUGAAAAAGACGGGCCAGGUCAUUCGCUGUAUCUGUCUCAUGGAUCAUCCAGUACCAAAUACAAGAGAUGCUCUGUCAACACAGAUAAUCAUUCCUCAGAAGCAAGUGGGACGUAAGUCUGAUAUAUAUGUGUCACUUGUAAGUUUCACUCACCAGGUAGCAGCCAAGGGUUGGUUCAUUGCUAUGGUUUCAACCACCGUUGAAUCCGAGAACCCUGAAGCAGAAAUCAGACCUGGUUUGGAUUUGCUUGGCCCUAUACGUCAAAAAUUUGUCAGUGUAAGCGAUUACUACGAGCCAACAGACUUGGGGAGUGAAAGUCAGAUAUUUAUUUCCACAUCAUACGAUGCCACUACUCAUUUUGAAACAACUUGUCUGGAUGUAUUGGACAUUUUCCGCCGAGGUACAGGCGAAGAUUUCGAUUUUUCAAAAGUUAAGCUUGAUCUUGGUGAUGAGGAACAGUAAGUUCUUUCGAAUUGGUGUGCAUAUUUAUAUGAAAGUUACUCAUGGCACAUACGUGAAUAAAAGUAAUUCAAAGUUUUAACCCAAAUGUUAGUCCAAUAUCUGAGAGUUUAAGCUUUUUUUAAAACACAAAACUUUGUUUUGCUGACCUUGUAUGGCAUAAUCUCUAUUAUAAAUAUAUAUUAUAAAUAUUCAUUGCUAUCAGCAGUAGAGAUAUCAUUUAGAUAAACAGCUAUUUAAACUGAAUGCAGUUGUAUUUAAAAUGUAGAUUUUUGGUAGCACAUAAAUGCAAUGUGUGGGUGCAGGUACUGCUUAAGCCAUAUCCUGGUGAAUACAUUGUUUAUUUAAGAGAGCACUAUCCUGAUUUAUUGUAAAGUGUUUUGUAUUGUUAUACUUUGUAUACAUAUGUGUAAACAAAAACAGGUUUUUGUAUAUUUUCUUGUGAAAAUCGUGUACUGUAUGAAUUUUAACUGCUUAGCUCUUGUUAUGCUGUUUGUAAUAGGUCAAAAUGUAUGAAUGUUGCUGGCAGGUGUAGGUCUUAUGCAGCUCUGAAGUUGCUGUCUUGUAUUCUGUUCAUGUGGUAUUGAAAAUUAUUCUAGCCUGUGAAAAUGCAUUUAGACAGUAUAAAAUAAGAACUCUUCUAGGCAAUAAAAGGAAGAUUGUUUUCGAAAUGGUUGUUAAGUUAUUGCUUGUUGGAACAUUUGUUUAUUUGUAGUGGGAAUGUGUGGAAGAGAUGUCUUUGAAAAAUAUUGCUUCAGUUAAGGAGUAAAUAACAGAAAUUAUAAAGAUGCAUGAGAUAGUUUUGUUUUAUUGUACUACUUAAGGAGGAAAUAAAACUUUGUCAAGGUAAAA